AUGGCGGAACACAACAUUGUUGUUUUUGCGGGCGACCACUGCGGCCCCGAGGUCAUUGCUGAGGCAAUCAAGGUUAUCAAGACGGUCGAGAAGCUGAGCCCGACUGCUGGCAAAUUCAAUCUGCAGGACCACCUACUCGGAGGGUGCUCCAUCGACGAGACCGGCACCCCCCUCACGGACGAGGCCCUGGCCGCCGCCAAGGCCGCCCACGCCGUGCUCCUCGGCGCCAUCGGCGGCCCCAAAUGGGGUACCGGCGCCGUCCGCCCGGAGCAGGGUCUCCUGAAGCUACGCAGUGAAAUGUGCGCCUAUGGAAACCUCCGCCCGUGCUUCUUCGCCUCGGACGCCCUCGUCGAGUCCUCGCCCCUCAAGGCGUCCGUCUGCCGCGGCACCGACAUCAUGAUCGUCCGCGAGUUGACCUCGGGCCUGUAUUUCGGAGAGCGAAAAGAGUACGAUGGGGUCAAUGCGUUCGACACUACUGUUUAUACGAAACCAGAAGUCGAGCGCAUCGCGCGGCUUGGCGGCUACCUGGCCAGGGCUAGGGGAGACUCGCGGGUCAUCUCGUUAGACAAGGCCAACGUGCUGGCGACAAGCAGACUCUGGCGCAAGGUGGUUGACGAGGUCUACAAGAACGAGUUCCCCGAUUUGAAGGUGGAGCAUCAGCUUAUUGACAGCGCGGCCAUGAUCAUGGUCAAGAGCCCGACUCACCUGAAUGGCGUUGUACUAGCGCCCAACCUGGCAGGGGAUAUUCUCAGCGACGAGGCGAGCGCCAUUGCUGGAAGCAUAGGGCUGCUCCCGAGCGCGAGUCUAUGCGGGAUUCCGGGCACUGCAGUGCCUUCCAUCUGUGAACCAAUUCACGGGAGCGCGCCGGACAUCUCUGGGAAAGGAAUUGUGAAUCCCAUUGGCGCCAUCCUUUCCGUGGCCAUGAUGUUCAGGUACUCCCUGAGCCUCUCUCACGAGGCUAAAAUCGUCGAGGACGCGGUUCGCGCCGCCAUCGACGCCGGGCUGAGAACCAAGGACAUGGGCGGCAGCACGACUACCACCGAAGCAGGCGAUGCCAUCGUUGCUGAGCUGGUCAAGCUUCUCAAGGCGUGA